AUGAAGGGUUUGCAAAGGGUUGCUGCGGCAGCACUCGCUACCGAGCAGCAGCAACAGCAGAAGCAACAACAACAAAAGAACCAGCAGCAAAAAGUCCUUAUUUGGGGAAGCCGCUUGUCGUUCCCUGGGGGUGCCCCUUCCGAUGUCCAAACGCCCACUGAGGCCGAGACACUCAACUGUCUAGCAACAAGUUGGGUUGCUGUUUCAUUUGGGCCGCAUUUCGGGGCUGCAAUACCUGGAGAUGGUCGCAGCUGCGUUGUAUGGGGCUCCCUGGAGCAGGAAGAUGGCGAACCAGCAUUUGUGUCUCCUUUCGUGUUGCCGCUUCCGCAAGGUGCAGCACCAGCAACAGAUGUGCAGUGCUCAGCGACAGAAAUAUUUGUUCUCGACAGAGACGGCAGAAUAUAUGUGUUCUUACCUGAAAAGGCGAAGGCUGCGGGCGCUGCAUGCGGCGAUCGGCACACAAUUGUGUUGGCGACAGAUGGCAGCACCUUUGCGUUCGGCGACGACUCGAAGAUCCAGCUUGCGAUUGGAGACACCCGCGCUCCAGGAGGCGCAGACGUAGAGACGACCAAGCAACCAGGAAUGGAUAUGGCGCAAGAUAAGGCUCCAGUUCAGCGAGCUGUCACCUACGGCGUCCUAGAUCGGCACAUUCAGCACGAGCCCAUCCCGUCCUUGAAACCCCCUGCGGCGGUAUCACCAGAGGCGGCGCUGGGGUUGGCCACGGCUGUGGCAGCGAGCGAUUUUUCGUCCAUUAUUUUGUAUCAACGUGGUGAUGCAGCAACAGGAGCCCCAGUAAAUUCCCUCUUGUGCUGCGGCGAGACGACGCGGGGCAUUGUCACGCCAGCCCGCUGCGUGCGGCUGCCAUGGGAGGUUAACGUCAGCUCGGAAGAGACAAAAAAGAUGGCAAAUGCAACAGGCAAAGACACCGACACAAAUAUACAACAAAUGUACAUAGCGAAACUCAGCUGCGGCUUCUCCAACUCGGCAGUCAUCUUAGACCCUAAACGCUAA